CUCUAGCAUAUUACCCUCCUCUCCUCUCCUCCAUCAGAUUUUAAAAUAGUCCCUUGCUUCUGACAUUCUCAAUUUAAUUCUAUCAAUUCUAGAUGGAUCAACGACGAUGGGAGGACUUAGAUAAGGACUGUUUAGUGAAAGUGUUUGGGAAGGUUGGUAUGGAGUCACUACUCUUGGACAUUCCUUUUGUGUGCAAAUCAUGGCACAAAGAAACACUCAAUCCUUCUUGCUGGAAUAGACUUAUCUUUCCAGACUUUGAACCUGAAUUUCCUUUUGAAUUUGAUUAUCCAAUCUAUGAAAGAUUUGUUUCUGAAUUUGGCCUUGAAAAGAAUCGCUUCUCCAAAACGGCCUUUAUAAAGUAUGUCGUCAAUCGUGGCCAAGGAAAUGUUGUUUUUCUCAAGCUACCUGGAUGCUCCUCGCUAGAAGCCUUCCAAUAUGUUACAGAUGCGUGCCCUAACCUUGUGAUUUUUGGCUUACCAAGAUGUUUGUUGUGGGAAGAGCACAUCAAUCUGGAAUUGAUUGGCAAGUUUAAGAACUUGUUUAUGUUGUCCUUGGGUAGCUGCACCAAUUUGGACAGAGUUCUUGCAGUAGUAAGCAAAUACUGCAAGUUGUUUUCUAAUCUAACACUGUCUAAUGCCCUAAUUCGUGAAGAAGAGGCCAUGGCAAUCGUCAAAUUAGUGCCUGAUAUAAAGCUCUUGAUAUUGAAUGGGGCACAGAUUGAUCGGGACAGUCUUAUAAUAUUACUGAAGGGCUGCAAAGAACUUGUGUUGUUGGAAGCCAAGGAUUGUAUUGGUUUCAAUGAGGGUGAUGAUGAAAUAAAGAAUUUGGCUUCUCAUAUCCCAAACUUUCAUUGUGAGGGAUCUAAAGAACGCUUUGUAUUUCCAAUUGAUACGUCUGAAGUUCUUUCUUUCUUGACCGGAGACGUGCUCAGUGAAAUAGCAUCAAUGUUUGCUGAGGUUGAUAUAGAGGAGGGGGUUGAUGGCGAGCGAGAGGUUGAUAUUGAAGAAAGUAUUGAACGUUGAUUAAGCUCUUCAUGUGUUUUCUUUUUUCGUUGGAAGCUCUUCAUAUGUCUUGAUGUUGCUGUUUGUGAAAUAAUCUAAUAAAAUCUAUAUAUUUGAAGUG